AGCAGGCGCUCUGCAUCCAAUAAAGAAUGAGUCAGAAAGAUGAAGUGUUUAUUAAAUACUUAUGAGAAGAUUUUCUAAUUCGACUGAUAAUGAUGGAUGACAUCGAACAGGCGAUUGAUGAGGAGCUGACGAAGUUAAACCUGCAUUCUUCUGAAAAUGAUUCAGAAUCAGACGAUGACACUUUCACGGUUUUGGAUAGAAUUCUGAGUUCAGAAGAUGUGCUGCCUGACUCAGUACUCACAUAUGUUGAAGCUUCAAGAAAUCGAAUGAAUACCUUUGAACAAUUAAUCCUUGAAGAUGUUGAAGAAAAGGACUUCUCAAGCCAGAACCUGGCUCACCAUAAUCACAAUGAACCAGCUUCAGAUUUAAUAGAAGACCCCAUGAAGUGGAAAGAGCGAGUUAUCUCUGAAUUAGUGGAACAAGUUGGACAUCUUAACGACACUGAGCCACAGAACGCCCAGCGGGAGAUUCCAAAUAUGCCAGGCAUGGAAGAUGAUAUAUGCACUGAGAGUGAACUGCAACUUAGUCUUGAGUGGAGAGAAUUAGAGGAAAGACUGAGAGAGGAAGAGGAGCAGAAAUUAGCAGCACAGGAGGUAGAAAGAGAGCUGCAUCUGAACUCGGAACGAGAAGAAGAAGAGAGGAGGAGGAGGGGACUGAUAAAGUUUCAGGAGGAGUUGAAGAAGAUAGAGGAGGCCACUUGGGUUCAAAAUGCUGGAGUGGAAAACGAAGUUCAUCACACAGAAGAUCUUCAACUGGAGCUGGAUAAACAGCAGAACUUAGUAAGGAAACUUGAGGAGCAGAUGGAGGAGGAGAAACAGGCUUUUGAGAAGGCUCAGGAGGAGGAGAGAAGGAGAACCAAGAAACUUCAAUGCACAGCUGCAACAAAGAUUCAAGCUGCUCUCAGAGGAACAUUAGUACGCCGCUGGAGCAAAAUAGAGCUCAGGAGAAAGAAAGAAGAAGAAAGGAGACAUGAGGAGGAGAAGAGGGAAUGGGAGAAGAUGAAGAGGGAGAGAGAAGAGGAGAGAAAGAGGAUCGAGGAAGAAGAGCGCACUCAGAGGGAGGAGAUGGAGAGGCGCAGAGCAGAUUAUGAAAGAGCUAAAGAACAAGAGCGCCAUCGUCUGGAGACGGAGCAAAGACUGGAACAGCAGAAGAGGAAAGAGGAGGAAGAUGAGAAGAGGAAGAAAAUGCAGAACAACAUUGCAGGUGUAAAAGAUGAUUGCAGAAGACAGAAAGAGGAUGUAGGCAAGAACAGAGAAAAGGAAAGAAAAAUAGUGGAAAGGAGUAGUCAGGUGAAGGAUGAAUGUAAAAGAGAGGAAGAAAGAGGGGAAAAAGAGAAUGUAAGAAUAAAGCAUGGGGAAAAAAUGGAAAACACAUUGGAGGACGACAGGAAUACAGUGAAAAAACAGGACACAACUAAAAGCAUGAAUACAGAAGACACAGAAAGAUUCGAUUAUACAGAACCACAAACAAACAAAAGUGAUGAAGACAGAAUAAAGAGCCAUAAAGAAGAAAAAACUGUUGAAAUCAGUGGAGAGCUUGACUCUCAGGUAAAUCGCUUACAGUCAAGAAAAAGCCUUAAAUUUACCAAAACCGCUACAGAGUCCCACAUAAAUGUACAUCAAGGUCUCUCCGGUGAGCUUGGUAUCAGUCCAGUGGUUUCCUCGAGUGUUGCAGAUCAUCUCAGGGUUAAAGCAGAUGUUAAAACAGACUUGGCGGAACAGGUUUCUGAUUUGGCUGUUGUAGUGCCUGAGAUGGACACUAGGGGGCAUGAAAAUACUACAGCUAUUGAGCUUGAAGACCAUAAACCAAAAAGCAAAGAAUCAAUUUCAAUCUGUCUGCCUGACAGCACAGAACAGAAGCGACUGGCCUGGAUGAUGAACUGCACUCCCUGGUCCAAACUGUCAUUGCAGAAUAAAAGGAAGGGGUCUUCUGCACAGCAGGAGUGCCAAAAUAGAGGCCCAAGAAAAAGAAGAGUCCCCAGUUUACCCCCUUUGUCUGUGGACACUAUUCUCAAAACAGGAGCUUGGAGCUGUCUCAAACAGGUUACAACAGUCACGUUGGAAGACCUGCCAGGCUGUAGCCUGUCCACACUGUCCGAGUGUAACAAACUGCAGACUUUGACCCUUAGACGUUGCGGCCUCACAACAUUGGAUGGAUUGAACCAGUGCACUCAGAUCAGAUGUAUUGAUGUACAAGAGAACUCAAUUACCUAUGUGGAUUGUGGAGGUCUGGCCAAGCUUCAGGUCCUCAUGCUGGGCAGGAACCAGCUGAUGACCAUCCAUGGUCUUGAUGGAGCUGAAAAUCUGCAAAUUCUACAGCUUUCACACAACAACAUCUCUCGCAUCAGUGGUUUAGGACCCCUGAAAAUGCUUCUGCGAUUAUCAGUGGACCAUAACCAGCUGCUCAGCACGAGAGGUUUGAAUGAAAUUUAUACCCUUCUCCAUCUGGACUGUUCAUACAACCACCUAAGCCACGUUGAGGGUUUGGAGAAUUGUGCUCUGCUUAACACACUGGACCUCAGAGGAAACAGUCUGACUGAGCUGCCUGUCCUGCAGAACCAUGUUCUUCUGAGGGACCUUUACCUGGAUGACAAUCUUAUAUGUUCUGUUCAUGAUCUGGAGUCCUAUUGGUUGCCUUUGCUCCAAAACCUUUCUGUGGCUCAUAACAGUGUAACUGAUUUAAUUCCACUCUUGGAUUUGGUGUCUCUGAGGACGUUGGAUGCCAGUCACAACUGUCUGUUAGAUUUGCAGAACGUUUGUCUGAAUCUUCAAAAAUGCACCAGUCUUCAAGAACUUAACCUGACUGGUAACCCACUACAGCAGGAAAGCAACUGGAGGUCCUUGCUUUUGGAGACAGUGCCUGGCUUGAUUAAGUUGAAUAAUGAGCAGACUGUUGCUGCCGCAGCGCCCUGUGAAUGUCCAGAACAGCAGUGGAGUUUCCAGGCCCUCUGUCAAGCACAGCAAAAGCAGCGGGAUUCACUUCUCCAGCACCAAAAGAUGGAGAUCAGUUCUGCGCCGUCACAACCUGACGUCCAGAUUCUUGCCAUCGGUCACCAGACAGACCUGUUCAGAUUGGCGGUGGACCAGCGUUACGCCCAUGAAUACGGCGACAGCUGUGUCACAGAAGAUUCUACACUUUUGGCAGCUGCUAACAGUGGUUCAUGUGGUUAUUCUGAAGCAUCUUUAUCACCGGGACAAAGUCUAGACUGGCAGAGACACAAUCCACAAAAGACUCAACUUUCACCGUCUGAGCCUGAGCUACCAUCUGCUCACUGCAUGCAGACACAAAGUGAGAAGGAACCUGUUCAGGCGCCGAACCUUAAAAUAGCGGCAGCUGUGGCGAUCCAGCGAUGCUGGCGGAUGAGACGUGAGGGCCUCCGAGGCUUAAUUGAAAAAACUAACACAAAAUCAAAUCUCAAUAAGGGGGAAGAUUCCUGCAUUGGGAGGCCUGAGAAGCAACAUGCUGCUGUUGUUAUUCAGGCUGCGUGGAGGGGCUGCGUUCUGCGCAAAAAUCUGGCCCGUGCUCUAGCUGCCGCUCAGAUCACAGAAAGCGAUGAGGACUUAGAAGAGGUGGACAUGGACGAAUUCAUUUUUGAUGAGAAAGCACUGGAGAAAGACUGGAGAACCCUGCAUUCCGAUGCCUUACCGGACAGAAUUAUGCCAUUUUUGGAACAGCUGCCGUUGCCAAAGUCUCCUCUCGGUCUUCCAGUGCCUCCAAAGACCCUGUCUGUUUUCCCACUGCAGCCGAAACAUGCCUGGUCAGAUCAUGAAGGUGCAGCCAGCUUGGAGCAAAGCACGUCUCCUUACCUUAGUAGCAGAUCAAUCCUCAAAGCCCACACCCUGUCUGAGAAAUCAGAAAAAAUCCUCAAAGAAUGGGGAUUUACUAAUGAGUCCACUGCCCUUCUCAUGCUGAAGAGAGCCAAUAAAAUGAAGGGCAGGAAACAGCCGCAGAAGAGGAUCAGCAGCUUAAUUGACCCAAAUCCACGUGUACACCACAGUAAGCAGUAUGUUUCAAGAGAAACUCGAAGGCAAACACGUCCUACAAUCAAGGACAACUUUAAAGUUCACCAAGCAGCAGAAGUUCACAAAUUAGCAAAAGCAGAGGAAAAACAAUCUUACCAGUGGCUCCAAACACAAGCAGUCCAUCCCGACACAGACUCCACAGGCACGGGACGGGAUCAUUUCCUCCCUGAUAUUGACCAGGAUAUUCUUAAUGGUGGGAGGGUGCAGCUUGUGGCCACAGGGGACAGAGAUGGUGUAGAUUCUGGAGCAAGAUUUUGGGCUGACUCCACUAGUGUCUCUCCACCUCUUAAUAAGCAUAUUCCGCCUCGAAGAUACUCAGCUGAGAACACAAAAACAGAAAUGCCAUCACCCACCAGAGUCAAUUCAGCUCCGAACCGAAAUGAACGCAUCUCAUUCCGGGACAACCCAGUGCGACACAGCGGAGGCUGGGGUGGAGGAAAAAAGAGAACCAAAUUGAACAAAUGAAUUAGAAGCAAUGGAUGAGAUAUAGCCCAAAUAUCUGCAGGCGGUCACAGGAUACGUAUUGCUUUAAAGUAUCACUCCAUUUAACAUGAGCACUGCAAGCCAUGGACUGGGUGGAAACCAUUUACAAAUGACAUGCUUAAUGUGCAGACAACGACAGGCAAUAGAAACCAGCUCGUUCCUGUUUUAACUUACUUUAGGUUUUUUUUUUUUUUUCUUUAUACUGGGAAUUUGUGUUGUGCUUAAGCUAAAAAUAAGACAAUGCAUAUUUAAUGAAAGUAAUAUACCAAAGAUUACUUUCAGUAAAUUAUUUGGUUUAUACGCAGUUGUGCUUCAAAUAAAUAUUUUGUAAUCUUUCAUAAAAUGCAUCAAGUCCAAAAAUAGGUAAAAAGCAAAUGCAUACAUCAGAGUUAGAAGUAUUUUCUUUAGUGGUCUUUAGAAUCAGAUAACGAUAUCCUUGUUUGUGUAUUUGAAUUUGGAUAUCAAAAAGCUGAGUGUUCAAAAACAGUGGUUGGAAAAUAACUUCCUGGCAGCAGCUUGGAGCUCAUUUUAAUGCCUGUAGAAAUGCAAAAAUAAAUCUUGAAAAGGGAUGUCUUAUUAGUGGGAGUUUUGGCAUUGUGUUUGGGCAGACGGCCCAUAGGUCUCCAACUUAAUCCAGAGACACUGGCUGACUGCUGUGGUAUUAUUUAGUUUAAUUAUGUACACAUAAAUACAUUUAAUACUGUUACACUUAGACAUUCUACUGACUAUAAGUAACUUUGCAGUUACAAGUGUAUGUGUGUGUGUGUGUGUGUGUGUGUGUGUGUGUGUGUGUGUGUGUGUGUGUGAGGAAUAACUGAUGAUGGGCAGUUGAAUUAUGAGAAAAUAAUGCACACCUGAGAUGGUGAUGUGGCUAUAUGAUGCAAAGUAUGAUGUCACCACACCUGACAUCAUUGUUUAGAUGAAGUUUUUCAAAACAUUGGACAGGUUUUUGUCCUCAAAACGUUCUUGUGUGUAGGAUUAGUUGAAUUAAUACAUUUCUGUGCACGUGUAUGUUUCCAUGUGUGCGAGUGUGUGUCAGUACUAUAUAUGUGUGCGUUUGAAUGAGAGAAGGUGGAAGAAAAAAUUAUGCGCUAUCUCUACAUAAUAAAAUUUUAUUUUG